AUGGGAGGACCUGCAGCACCUGGAGCACCUGGACGAGGUCCUUUCCCUCCGUCCAUGAUGCACGACGAACCACAGGUCGCACGAGACGACGUGAUCAAAGGCACCGACGACGACGCCAUCAUCAGCAAACUGUACGCAGCGCAGUCUGCGGUGAACCUGGGGUACCUAGAUGAUCCCUUUGUGAAGCACUUUGUGAAGCGCCCGUCGCGUCGACCUCCAUUGAUCAACCGAGGCUCCUAUCUCAGGACGCGAUCGUUGGACACAUUCACGGAACAGUUUAUCAAAAGUGACAUUACGCAAAGCUCAACGACAACGGCAACAGCGCCAGCAUCUGCAACCACACUGUCCGCAUCAACUCCCACUUCUACAACUACAGCUACUACAACUACACCUGCUGCUGCUGCAGGGAUCAAGAAACAGAUUGUGUCGUUGGGUUGCGGCUCAGAUACCAGAUACUUCAAGUUCAAGGCCAAGGGCCUUUCGGCGCACAAGUACUUUGAGAUUGACUUUCCAGAGUCGACAGCCAAGAAGGCGGUCGUGAUCAAGAAGAACAAGGCAUUCACAGAUAUCAUUGGAGACCCAGACCUGAAGCUCGGUCUGGGAGGAACAGAACUGUACUCGAAGGAUUAUUGUCUCCUAUCGGGCGACUUGCGCGAUUUCACGGAGUCCAUCGUCCCAAAACUCAACGCGCAAGGAUUUGAUACUAGUCUACCAACGCUGUUCCUCUCGGAGUGCGUGUUGAUCUACAUUCAACCAGGAGACUCCGACGCGAUCGUGAAUUGGGUCGGGACCAACAUGGACGCCUCAUUGUUUGUUGUCUAUGAGCAGAUCAACCCAGCCGACGCUUUUGGCGCCAUGAUGCUCAGGAACCUCAGAACGCGACAAAUCGAGUUGCCAGGGAUCCAUGCGUACCCGUCAUUGAAGAGUCAGGAGGAGCGCUUCACGUCGCGGGGAUGGCAGGCUGCCCAUGCCGUCAACAUGAAUAAACUCCAUGAAUCCCUCUCUGAACAGGAAAUGAAACGGAUAUCAAGUCUGGAGAUUUUUGAUGAGGUGGAAGAAUGGCAGUUGCUGGCGGACCAUUACUGUGUCGCGUGGGCGUAUCAAGCCAAACCCCGGCAGUCCGAACUCCACCGCGCUCAGCUAAUCCAUCUUUUAGCCAACGCGGUAACGUCAUAA